CCCCCCCUUUUUUUUGUUUUUUCUCCCAUCCUCCCUCCUAACCCGGCGAGCGGCCAGGGGAUAAAAUUACUUCUGACCUUCCCGGGGGGGGGGGGGGAACCACCAGCAGCACCCGCCUGUGCGUGUCCCCCCCUUUUUUAAAAAAAAAAAAUGGAGGAAAAAUCACCCAAAAUUCCAGCUUCGGUCCCCCAAUUUACCAACUGCCCCACCAUGGUGAUCCUGGUGGGGUUGCCGGCUCGGGGGAAGACCUACAUCUCUCGUAAGCUCACUCGUUAUCUUAAUUGGAUCGGCACCCCGACACGGGUGUUUAAUGUGGGGCAGUACCGGCGCGAAGCCGUGCAGAGCUACAAGAGUUACGAGUUUUUCCGUCACGAUAACGAGGAGGCCAUGCAAAUCCGCAGGCAAUGCGCGCUGGCUGCCCUUAAGGACGUCCGUACCUACCUGAGCUCUGAGGAGGGGCAAGUGGCGGUGUUCGAUGCCACCAACACCACGCGGGAACGCCGGGCUCUGAUCCUGCAGUUCGCAAAGGAGAAUGGCUAUAAGGUUCUCUUCGUCGAGUCCAUUUGCGACGACCCCGCCAUCAUCGAGGAGAACAUCAAGCAAGUGAAGCUGAGCAGCCCCGACUACAAGGGCUGCGCGCAGGAGGAGGUGGUGGCCGAUUUCCUCCAGCGCAUCGAGUGCUACAAAGCCACCUACGAGCCCCUGGAUGAGCAGCUGGACAGCGGGUUGUCCUACAUCAAGAUUUUCGACGUGGGGGUGCGGUACCUGGCCAACCGGGUGCAGGGUCACGUCCAGAGCCGCACCGUCUACUACCUGAUGAACAUCCACGUCACCCCCCGCGCCAUCUACCUCAGCCGUCACGGCGAGAGCCAGCUCAACCUGUGGGGACGCAUCGGGGGGGACUCGGGGCUCUCGCCCCGGGGGAGGCAGUACGCCCAGGCCCUGGCCCAGUUCAUCCGCAGCCAGAGCAUCCGGGAGCUGAAGGUCUGGACCAGCCACAUGAAACGAACCAUCGAGACGGCCGAAGCCCUGGGGGUUCCCUACGAGCAGUGGAAAGCCCUCAACGAGAUCGACGCCGGCGUCUGCGAGGAGAUGACCUACGAGGAGAUCCAGGAGCGCUACCCCGAAGAAUUCGCCCUGCGGGAUCAAGAUAAAUACCGCUAUCGCUACCCCAAAGGCGAGUCCUACGAGGACCUGGUGCAGCGGUUGGAGCCCGUCAUCAUGGAGCUGGAACGGCAGGAGAACGUGCUGGUCAUCUGCCACCAAGCUGUCAUGCGCUGCCUGUUGGCUUAUUUCCUGGAUAAAAGCGCGGACGAGCUGCCGUACCUCAAGUGUCCCCUACACACCGUCCUCAAGCUGACCCCCGUGGCUUACGGGUGUGAGGUGGAAUCCAUCUUCCUCAACGUGGAAGCGGUCAACACCCACCGCGAGCGACCCCAGAAUGUCGAUAUCAGCCGCCCUCCGGCCGAAGCUCUGGUCACUGUCCCCAAGCAUUAUUGAGGGGUCAUCCGUUCCCCCCCCCCAAUUAAUCCUCACGUUAACGAAGCGACAAAGGCGGAGAUUGAGGGGCUGCACCCCAAAAAGGUGCUUUUAUUUAGGGGGGGGGUUAGGGGGUGGCCUCAGCCUCGGUGUAUUGGCUCGUCCAGAAUGUGGGGUCCUUCCCUUGGAUCUGGGGGGGCACAAGGGGGAAAGGGGGGAGGUCAAAUGGAGCCCCAGGGCCCCCCAAAACCCGGGGCCACCCCCCCCAAAAACGGCCUCACCU